AUGUCUGAUCGCCACAAGCCGCGACGAGGCCUUCUGUGUGUGCGGUGCCGGGCCCGCAAGGUCCGCUGCGACAACCAGUCGCCGUGUGGCGUGUGUGCCAAAGAGGGCACCGAGUGUAUCCGUACCUCCCAGGACCGGCGCAAGGAGCGGUACUCGCAAGCGUUUGUUGACGGGUUACAGGCGAAAGCCACUAAGCUCGAGGCAGUGGUGGCAGCGGUGCGCCAGGCGCUUGCCGACAGCGACAACCCCCGCGACCAGAGGAAGCCCGAUAGUGGGGUGUAUGGUCCUACCCUGGUGUUCAAUACUGAACCUACCGCUCCCUAUGAUGAAGGAGAACACUUGGUGAUUAGGCAAUUGAACCAGGACCCCGUCAUUGUCGAGUGCUUGCAGCAGUUCUUCAAAUGGCAGUACCCGGGCCAUUUCGCCUAUAUCAUCAGACUGGGCUUUCUCCACGAGUUCUUAAACCCGCAACCGCAUUUCAUCUACUGCUCGUCCGAGCUCGUGUAUGCGCUUGCCGCUAUGGGGGCGCUGAUCGCCGAUGACCCCAAUAUCAAGCUGAGGGCGAUUGACUUUUACACCAAAGCCCGCACCAGAUUGCUUAGUGGAGGGCCUACUGGUAAAUUCGAUCGCCCGCUGGUGGCACUGAUGCACGCUUUAUUGGUAUUGCUGUUCUUUGACUUGAGCCAUGGCCAUAACUCUCUGCUGUGGAUGCUCUCCGGUUUAGGCGUGAGAAUGGGGUUUGAUUUGGGGUUCCACCUCCACCCUGAGUCAGUGUUUACCGCUCCAUCGAACCCUGCUUCCCCUGAGUAUAUUGCCAUCAGACUGAGAGUGUUUUGGGGUGCCUAUAUGGCCGACCAUUUCGUGUCAUUAGUGUUUGGUCGCCCCACCCAGCUUAAGAAAUCAGACGCGUGGACAGCUGAACCCGAGGAUGUAAGAGAACUGCUGGGAGUAUCACCAGAGUACUUGUUCAUCAGUAACAGUGCUGACGGCGAAGCACCCUACCUGGGGAUCCCCAUCGCGCUGAUGGUCACGUUGAUCGAUAUCUGCAACGCCCUGAUCGACGACAUCUUCAAUUUGGGUGCUGCUCGCCACAAACUCGCCGCCCGCUACGCCAAUAAGCUCGAAGUGGUGCGCCAGUUUAAUCACCAGAUGAUCCAGUGGCGGUGUCUGCUCCCCCUUGAGCUCCAGUGGACUCCCCGCAACGUGGCCGUGGGAGCGGAUAACCCCACUAAGCUCCUGAUCCGGCUCUACUACUAUAUGGCGCUUCUCUGUCUCAACCGCCCGUUCUUGGACGUGGGGGUUGACGGCAACGACAUCAGUAGUCCGCGGGCAGUGGUGCUCCAAGCAGUGGAUGAAGUGUUAGGGUGUGUCACUCGGUUCAGAGACGUCCACGGACUUCAAAAAGCUCUGAUCUACGUGGUCUACGCCCUCGUAUUCCUGGUAUCAGUGCUUUUGAUUCUCAGACCACCACUCACUCCCUGGGAGCGCCAGCCGCAAAUUGACCUCAUCAUGGGCUACAUCCACGAACUCUCGUCUACGUGGAACUUAGCGGGCAAGUGCUACGACCAGCUUAUCCGCAAAAUGAACAGCCAGGUGUCCGCGCCGUCGCUGGUGCCCGAAGUGACGAGCCAGGGCCUGCCACAAUACUACGUCGACGACCCUGCCGGCUUGGCAGCGAUGUCGCAGCCACCCCAAUCCAUCCCGGGUCUGGUAGGACCGCCGAUGUUCUUAGGGCUGGACUUUAUGGUCAACGACUGGGAACCGAUCUUCCUCCCCUACCACGAUACCAUGGGGGCACGGCCCCAAUAA